CGUCUUCUUGUUGUCUCCGAUCCGCGCAUCGAUCAUCAGGCUCUUACUGAGGCGUCUUAUGUAAAUGUGCCUGUGAUUGCUUUUUGCAAUACCGAUUCGCCUCUGAAGUUUAUCGAUAUCGCAAUUCCUUGCAAUCUGAAGAAUAAAUACUCAAUUGGUUUGGUUUGGUGGUUACUUGCUCGUGAGGUUUUGCUGCUCCGCGGAAAGAUCAGUCGUCAAACUGGCUUUGUUGUUGAUGGUAAAUAUGUCAUGCCUGAUUUGUACUUCCACCGUGAUCCGCAAGAGGCAGAAAAGGAAGAACCGGUUGAAUCUGAGCAUAAGGAGACUUGGCCUCAAGCAAUAGAGCAGGCCGAUUAUGUUGCACCGACUGAACCAGUUAAACUGGACUUCAACGUUCCGCUUAUUAGUGAUUGGGCUGCAGCUUCUGAGUGGCCUCAAGAAGAGGAGGCUCAGGUUGCACCGACUGCACCAAUUGGUCAGCAACAGCCACAGCAGCAAACUCAACAAGGAGGUGAUUGGAACUCAGGUACUAGUGGAUGGUGA